AUGGCUUUAUCGGUUGUACUGACGGCGGUCCAUUCAUUGUCUGUAACCCUAGCAUGGGGAAAGUCACUUACUUACCAUUACACAUACUUGGGAUACGAUCCUGUUGAUGAUCAGUUCAAAGCAUUGACUAAGAUGUCUAUUCCUUACCAGCAACACGAUUUUCUAGAGCACGAGGUUUUAACACUUGGACGAGGUGACUCUUCUUCAUGGAGACCCACGCUCAGAUUUGAGAGGAUUAGUUUUAUCAAAGCGCCUGUGGCUGUUGUGUGUUGGGACGGUGAAUCUACUCUCAUAGAAUACAAAGAGGAUGUGGAUAAACAUGAUUGGUCCAAGCAAACAUUUAGGCUUCCCUUCUCUUUGGAGUUGGGUAGAAGGAUGAUUUCCCCGGGAAUCAACAAAGUUGGUGAGUUCAUUUUCGCCCCAGUAAGUCUGCGGUGCAAUGGUCAACCAUACUACAUUUUCUACUACAAUGUAGAUAGAAAUGACAUCAGAAAAGUUAUGCUCAAAGGACUUGCAAACGAUGAAGAGUUUAUGUGCAGAUAUGAAAUUGGAGAGCAAUGUUGUGUCCACAUCUCACCCGAACACGUUGAAAGUAUUUCCUCUUUAUAA